CCAGGUCAUGACCCCCUCCACAAGAUAAGGCCGGUCCUUGAUCUUGUGAAUGGAUCCUUCGCAAACACUCACCGGCUGGCCCAGAGUGUUUGCGUGGAUGAAAGGAUGGUUGGCUUUAAGGGACGACAUCAUCUUGUUCAAUACAUGGCCAACAAGAAAGCACACAGAUGGGGAGUGAAGUUGUGGAUCCUUGCCGAGGCGGGUACUGGAUACACCCAUCAAGUCCGGAUCUACAAGGGCAGCAACCUUGGAGGACCACCACCCAGGGCAGGCCUUGGGCACAGUGUGGUCAUGGACUUGUUGGAACCGCAUCUCGACAAGGGACACCACGUCAUCUGUGACAACUUCUUCAGCAGCCCGUCUCUCUGCCAUGAUCUCUUUGACAGGAAGACGUUCUGCACAGGAGUUGUCGCCGUCCGGAGGAAGGGAAUGCCGAGCUCCUUUGUUGGGAAAAGACCACCCAGGGGCUCGACAAUUGUGAGAAGACAGGGUCCGCUGCUGGCAGUGCUCUUUUCAGACAGGAGGGUCUUCACAAUUUUAUCUACCAUGGGUAGUCCAAGAAUGGAAGAUGGGCUUAACUCACGGGCCGGUCUGUCACUCUCCCUCAGUCGUAAGACU